UACUGACAUACUUGGAAAGGCUAAAAUGAAAAACUUAUUUAUCACUAUACUGUUCAUAACAAUGUCAUCUGUUUACAGUCGAGAGAACUGCUGCCAAACAAUUGGUAAAGCAAAGGUGACAUUAUCAGAAGCAAUAAGUACUCUGCAGAAUACCAACGAACUUCUCGGAGAUACAGGUUCACCGAUCCCUUCCAGUAAAGUUGCUUUUCAUGCAAGAUUGACAACGGCUGUUACCCUUGGUUCGACGCAGACUGUUAUUUUUGACCACGUGAUAACCAAUAUUGGUAAAGCAUAUAACCAACAUACAGGUCAUUUCACAGCACCAUUUAAUGGAAUAUACUUCUUUGCCUGUACAUUUCUACAGAGUGGAGAUACACCUCUACAUCUUCAAAUGGUUCAGAACAGCAGCGAAAUAUCAAGAGGGCAUGCACAAAGAGGUGGAGCAGUGGCAGGAUCAAUGAACGCAGUAAUAUAUCUGCACAAGGGAGAUGUUGUCAGAGUGCGUCAUUACCCGGGCCUAGGAUCACAAACUAUAUAUGGCGAUUGGAGCUUCUUUACGGGUUACCUUCUCUAAAAUUGUAUUAUUAAAAGUUUUAUGGAAAAUCUU